AGACGAAGGAGAGUUUCAGGAAAAGUUUCCUACCGGAGUUAUUUCGCUGCUGCACACAGUAGGAAGGUGCUUUAGGAAGAAUAAUCUACAAACUCCGCAAUAUUCCAGUCAGCAGUGAUGGCCAAGCUCGAGGGCUUUGAGUUCUGGAAGAAGACCCUGAAAGAAGCCCGGUAUGUGGUGGCGCCCAUGGUGGACCAGAGCGAGCUGGCGUGGCGCCUUCUCAGCCGACGCCACGGCGCUCAGCUCUGCUACACGCCCAUGCUGCACGCUCAGGUGUUCGUCCGAGAUGCCAACUACCGGAGGGAGAACCUGUACAACGAGGUGUGUGAGGAGGACAGACCUCUUAUCACACAGUUUUGUGCCAACGAUCCGGAGGUGUUCUUGAAGGCCGCUCUGCUGGCUCAGGAUUACUGCGACGCCAUCGACCUCAACCUGGGCUGUCCUCAGAUGAUCGCUAAGAGAGGACACUAUGGAGUUUUUCUACAAGAUGAAUGGGAUCUGCUGGAGAAGAUGAUCAGGUUAGCUAAUGAGAAGCUCUCUGUGCCCAUCACGUGCAAGAUCCGCGUGUUCAAGGAGAUGGAAAAGACAAUCCUGUAUGCUCAGAUGCUGGAGAAAGCUGGCUGUCAGCUGCUGACGGUGCACGGCAGAACCAAAGACCAGAAAGGAGCCAUGACGGGAAUCGCCAGCUGGGAGCACAUCAUGGCCGUCAGGAAAGCAGUAAACAUUCCCGUGUUCGCAAACGGAAACAUCCAACACCUGAGUGACGUGGAGCAAUGCAUCCAGGAGACCGGAGUGCAGGGAGUCAUGAGUGCAGAGGGAAACCUCCACAACCCCGCCCUGUUCGAGGGCCGCAGCCCCCCGGUGUGGGAGAUGGCUGAGGAGUAUCUGGAGGUGGUGAAGCAGCAUCCGCCCUGCACACUGUCCUACGUACGAGCGCACCUCUUUAAGCUCUGGCACCACACGCUUCAGAUCCAUCAGGACCUGAGGGAGGAUUUGGCAAAGGUGAAGAAUGUGGAGGGUUUGGCUGAUGUCAGCAAACAGCUGAGGCUGCGCUGUCAGGAGGAGAUCGCUAGAGGAAAGGAUGCAGAGGAGAAGGAGAGCAGCCUGCCUUACCCUCACUGGAUCUGCCAGCCGUACGUCAGACCACCGCCGAAGGAGCCGGUGACAAACGGUAACAGUCAGGGCUCAGAAGUGAAGAGGACGGUGUGUCAGAAGAGGGCGCUGGAGGACACGGACGCAGCAGCUGACACACUCUCCAAAAACAAGCAGAAGAAGAGAUCCAGAAACCCCCACAAGAACUUCUGUCCCGAGCAAAAACCAAAGUACAUCAAAUGUGAGCAGUGUGGGAACCCAAAGGGGAACAAGUGUGUGUUUAACCUGUGUCGAGGCUGCUGUAAGAAGAAGGCUUUUAAGGAGGUGGCUGACUGCCCGAGCCACGGGCUGAGGUUCAAGACAAAGGCGGACAAACAGAAAGCUGAAGAGGAGAAGAAGAAGGAAGAGGAGGAAGCGAAGGCCGAGCAGGAGGAGAGGAAGGAAGGUUCGACCCCAGAGACAGAGAAGAGCAGAAUCUCUCCUCAGAUCCUCCCUGAUCAGAGUACAGAGCAGCGAGAACAGACAAACACGGAGCGGCCGCUAUGAGCAGGGGAUGCCGCUAUCUGAACACGCAUACACCAAACUCUGUUAACGGAGCUCUGACAGGUCAAAGGUCAAAGUCCGGACAGUGGAGGGACUAGUUUUUAAGAGCCUGGAAAUGACUAGAGAAUGAAAGGUUAGCGCAUCAUUUUUAAAACCUCCAGUGCAGGAAACAAAAUUAGAGAGACUCCUCCCUCAAUCGUUGGGUACACAUUCACGUAUUUCUUCUGUAGUCCUGACCGUUCCUCGUAUCUGAUUGGUUGUUAUCAUAGUUCAAAUCUGACACUGAAAAGCACAGACAUCAUAGCAGGUUCAGUGCUGCAGGGAUGUUGUGUUGACCUUCAGUGUUUUGCUGGUGGGCAAGCUGUCACAUUCAUUCAGGCGAUAGAGAGAUGCAAUGCAAGGUUAACCGUAUCUUAGGGCCUGGUUGUUGAACUGUUUUAAUCUGGAUCAGAAUGACCUGGAUUUGGAAAUCCAUCUUCUUUCUAUCCUGGAUCAGGUAAUCCUGCUCCGUUUUGCUGUGAUUUUUAAACUACAACUGGAUCAUCCUGAUCCAGAUACAGACUUUUUAAGAUGCCAAGAGCUCUAAACAGGACUGACAUGCUUUGUCCACAGGGGGCGCCAGAACCCAGUCAAACUGAAAAAAUCCUCACUGCUGUUAAUUAAAGCUCCUGUGAGGAGUUUUUAACUGGGUAUGAAACAGACUCAAACUAACAGUGACACGUCUUUAUGACCAACACAUGACACCAUCGAGAUUGAAAAGUAUCUUUAUUGUGAUUUUUUUAAUAGUAGGCGUCAGGUCAGGCGAAAGACGGAGCACUGAAGGAACUGUUUUUUUUGUUUUGUUUAAUAAUCAAAGAUGUCAUUCAUUGUGACUGUUGGCAGUAGAAAAAGACAGCAGGAGGAGGCUCCUUGUCGUACAGGAAAAUAUCAGCAAAGAAUGAAGUGGUAUAAAUUUGUCCACAGGGGGCGCCAGAUCAACACAUCCAGAGAGUUUCUCACAGGAACUUUAGAUCAAAUAUUUUACGUUAGCAAAUUGUGCUUUUGGUGAAAUAUUUUACAUGGAUGUAUCCUUUUUAACAAUCCUAUGGUCCACUUACUUUACUGUCACUAUGGAAAUUCAAAAGCAAAUACCAAAAAAGUCUCAACAUCAUUGCAAAAUGUAUUUUUUCGUGACCAGUUCAAAAGUAUCCCCACGUUUACUUCCUGUUCCUGCUGGGAUCAGGAUAAUCCAGGUUUAUGGAUCAAAGUUAUCCAAAUCCCCCCUCUAAAGUCUCCAACAAUACAAACUGGAGGUUUGAUUUGGAUGAAAAUCAAGAUUAGAUUACCUGACCUAAUCAGAUCUCUUUUCUCCUUUUAAAGGCACAGUAUGCAAUUUUUAGGGACAUUGAGCAGAACAGACAUGGGUUUAAAUUGAAUAUAAUAUUCAUAAGUAUAUUUAAAUUUAGAGUAUAAGAAUCCUUUAUUUUUUUUUACCUUAAAAUGAGCCUUAUAUACCUUCAUAGGAGUAGGCCGCCAUGUUUCUACGGUAGCACAGAGCGGACAAACUAAAAGCCUUAGGUGUUUUUGUAGUUAGUGAGUUGCUGCGUGAAUUGCACUGAUUGGAAGAUGACGCAGAAGAGAGUGGUGGAUGUUGUGUGCAGAAGAAUUAGUACUGAUAGACAGAUGAUCAUAAUUAUCAUGCAUCACAGGAGCUUCUUGUCCUUGAAGGCCACCGUCGCUUCAUCACGGGAGGAGUGAGUAAGGGGAGAAUUUCAGUGUAGAAUCUGACCGCUAGAUGUCGCUAAAUAUUCUCAUUUCUAAAACUGUACAAACAUUCACAAGACUUGAACCAAUCUGGCAGCUUUAAUCUGAUUGGAUUACUUCUGAACAAGUGGGCCCUGAUAACAAGGACUGUGUGUGUGUGUGGGUGUGUGUGUGUUUGCAGAUGUAGCCAAUGAUCAGUCAGAACAAACCGCUGCUAAAAAAAAACCCUUUACAUUAAAACCAAUCUGUUUGGGAUUAAUCUUUAAAACACAUGGACAGACAUCAAACGGCUGACUAUAACCUUAAAGUAACACAAAAUAUUUGACAUCUGGAUCUCCAGAAUGAUGAUUAUCUUGAAUUUAAACGUGUUUUCUUCUUUGGUUUACAGUUUUUAUUUUUUUUCUUAGGAAAGAAAAAAAAUUUUUAGGAGUUUGAACAUUUUUUACUCUAAACUAGUCACUGAGGGAGAGGAAUCUGUGAUUUGCUUUUGCUGUUUUUAUUUUAUUAUUUAGGGUUCUUUCUGUGGUUUCCCAUUAGUUAACGUUUAAAUCUGUGUUUCCUCAUAAGGCUUUGACUGUGUAUGUGCCUUUUGAUUAAAAGUGCCACUGCCGAUCCAGAAACUUGAGCUCAUCUGAAAGAGAUAAUCGUGGUGCUCCGUUUGCUCAGAGACGACGUGAUCUGGUGAAAUGUUUGCAUGGUGCUAUCUGGAGAAUUGUGUCCUCAUCAUAUAAAGAACAACUGGAUAUUUAGGGAGAAAUAUUUUAUAUAAGUUACCCAACAGGAACACAAAGUAGUCUCUACUUUUAGGUUGUUGGUUACUCACCUGCUUUCUAACAAUCACUCGAACACCUCAGAGAUGUAUUUAUUUAUCUUGGUACUUUUGAUAGAGCUCAGCUGUUUCCUAUGGCUCUAGUCUUUGUGCUAAGCUAACCUAAAAACAGUGUGUAUCUUUACUUUAAUGCAGCAGCAGGUCAAUCUGAUUCUUUUUCUUCUUUAAAGCCUCUGGAAAUGUUUUUGUUUUUAGUCUUAAGUGUUUCUGAUAAAAAAGUACACAAAUCUCUGAGGAAAAGUUUGUAAACAGAAAAAGUUUAUUUAUGACAAACUUCAACUAUUUUAUAAAGAACUGAGCUUCUGUUAAACCAGCUUUAGUUUAAGAUUAUCUGGUUGUAAAACUGUCAUGAGCUAGUUUGAAUAAUCAUGAUUGGUUUAUGGAUGUGGGUAACUUCAUCUCUGCCUCUGUUAAGCCAUGAACUCAUAAAAUAAAGGAAUUUUAUAAAAAA